GGAUGUGAUGUUCUUGCGCGCAGGCUGAGAGAAAUUGUCAGUCACAAGUUCAGAAGCGGUGUCAUUUCGUCGCUGUACGCCGAUCAGAUACGACGUGUUCUCGUGCGAGCCUUGUGUUCAUAUAUCCCACUCUUGUAUACGUCAGACUUUAUUCCGGAAUUUAGAGAGUUUAAGGAGUCUGUGAAUACGCCUGAUCGUGAUCAAUUUGUCCGUGUGCGACCACUGUACGUGUUGAACGGCCUGAAUUCCCGAAUUCAGAAUUCCUUAUUCGUUCGCGAUCCUCGGUGGCGCGUGGAUGUGCAAGUCUCUCUCCAGGGUACAAGUCAAUGUAUCCGAACGGAUUAAAGGAUUCGAUCGAAAUAAAAGUGCCUGAUGUUACUGUCAAGUUAUGGUGCCGGAUGAAAAAACUAUAGAUCAAGUGUUGUGAUCGAUGUAAAUUAAUUACAGAGGUUGAUAAGACGUUCGAAACGCCAAUAAGAACACUCGCAUAUUUAUCUGUGUUUUUUUUUUGGUUUAAGUUAAUUCGCGUUAAGGGACCAUUCGAAUUUUUUCUAGUAUAGUGUUAAUAUUAUUUUAAAUAUUAAAAUAUAGUUAUAUUUAGUUCUAUAAUUUAGUUCUUAAAUUUACUUAUAUAUUAAUUACGUAAAUUAUUAAAUUAAUUAUCAUUAAAUUAAUAUUAAGUUAAAAAGUUGACGCGCAAGUUUCAUAUUCCAAAAAUACAGAAGAAAUUGUGAAAAAUACAGAUUUUUUUUGAUUCGAGUGUGGCUCUAUAUGGCAGAGCAAUCUCGUGUGCUUAAGUGCAACCCACACCAUUUUAAUUGGAUUUUAAGUAUCGAGACCAGCCUUGCAACUCCAUGAAUCGGCCACGACGUUAAGUGGAAAACAUGGAUUUCUCUACGUCUAAAGUGACCGUUAAGAGUGGCUCAGAUCAGGGACAGGAAAACGAAGCACAAGCUGAUGCUGCAUCCUCACCAUCGAGUAUUGAUUUGCCGGAAAGCGCGCAUCCCUGCCCUGCCUGUCCCACGGUGUUGUCCACCUCCAGGGAAUUAACGAAUCAUUUACGUGGUCACAGUUCACCCCGCAGCACAGACUGCAGCGGCGAAGAUGAAUACUGUUGCGGCAUUUGCAACAAAGUCCUCAGCUCUGCGAGUUCUCUAGACAGGCACAUAAGAACGGCGCACAGGACUGCAUCGCCGCACAGUUGCACGGACUCGGAAGGCAGCAGCGAUUCUGACAAGUCGUCCAAGAGGCGCCAUCUCGAGGAAUAUAAUAACAAUGAAAUUACGAAAAGAAAUUCACCAGAUUUUAUCGAAGGAGGCCAGGAGGAAAGGAGUGCGACGUUACCUGGGAAGAGAAAAUGUUCGGAUUAUUUGAGCGACAACGAGGGGCAGAAGAGGCAUAAGAUCCUCUUAAACAAUUCGAGGACCGAGAUAAAAUCGAUACCGGAUGAUAACCAGAACGCGUACAAUUGUCCAGUGUGCGGGAGGCAAGAUUUCGCCACUAGUGCCCUCUUAGAGGCGCAUCUGGAAAGAUGUCAUCCCGAGUUCCCCGCUAAAUGCGACACCUGCAAUUUAUCGUUCAAGAAUCACCGUGUUUUGAACCUGCACCGUUUCAUGAUCCAUUUUGCGGAACAUUCGAUAGGGAACACCGCGAGAAAUCUGAGAAACUCGGUGGUUGGCUUCAACGAUUUGACGUUCGUUGAUUUCUCAUCGGAUAAAUUCCCAGCUAUAGCCAGAGCCGUGUGCGAACAGUCGUUGCAUCGGCCGGCAUCCGGAGAAGCGACCAAGUUCCAAUGCUCCAAAUGUUUGCGAGCAUUUCCUUGCAGAUCGGCACUGGACGCUCACGAAACUGAUUGUGGGACGACGAAUUCCCAAAUAAGAACGAGCGACGAUAGUCAGUCGAGGAGGGACGAUUUCUUCGCGGGUUUGGAUCUUCAAAAUAAAGCUGCUUUAACCGAGGCUAAGGAGGGGAAGGAUUUAGCAGACAUCCAGAGUAUCAUAUCCGUUACUUCUGGGCCGAUACUGCAAAAUUUCCCUAGAUCAGACGCUAGCACGCCAGAAAGUAAUAUCAAAUUCAAUCCUAGCGUGGGCUCCUCCGGCUCCUCGGGCACUUAUUCCUCGGAAUAUCACGAGGAUGAAACUCAAGAUGCGUUUGCCGCGGAGUUUAGGAAAAUGAAGUUGAAGGGAGAAUUUCCUUGCAGACUUUGUUCCGCGAUAUUUCCCAAUUUGAGAGCUUUGAAGGGUCACAAUAGGGCGCACAUGGGGGUGGGACCUGGCAUGCCUUAUCCCUGCAACAUGUGCCCCUACACCAGUACCGAUAAAGCGACUUUGAUACGACAUCUGAGGUCUCACAACGGCGAUAGACCGUACGAAUGCUCGUUAUGCAAUUAUGCUUUCACCACGAAAGCGAAUUGUGAACGUCAUGUGCGAAAUCGGCAUGGAAAAUUGACCAGGGAGGAUAUUAAGAGCGUUCUAAUUUAUCAUCCUAAUGAGGAUUCUACUAAUGAAAAUGUGGAAAGAAGUUCACCAAGGGUUUUAAAAGAGGAGGUAAGAAAAAACUUAAUAUAUUCUACAGAACGUGAGGAAUUUCAUCAUCAGGCACAAAUACAUUAUCCUCCAGUACCAUUAGAUGUUCGAGCAGAAAUUAGAAUUAUAGAGGAAGCGAAGCUGCACAAUUCGACAAUGUCUGUACACAAUACGAAUCAUUUCGAAAAGAGUGAAAUGUUCUCCAGGCCUAAUCAAGCUAUGGAGUUAACUCAGCGUAAUACUGACGAAGGAAAAUCUAGCCAGGAUAUUAAACAGGAUUAUUCGAAGCUGGACGAUGAAUUGGACUCGAGGUCGUCGGAUGAUCUCGCGUCUGUAGUUAAUGAUGUCAAAUCUGACUCACAGCAAAGAAUACAAGCUAGUCCAAUAAACUUGAAAAAGGGUUUAAACAUGCCUGAGAAUUCUGGCGAGGAUGGGCCAUUGGAUCUCUCAAUGGAUGUGCUAGAUCUUAGCAAAAAAUCAAAGGAGAAAGAGAAUAACGAUUUUAUAUCACGUGACAAAUUUAACAAAACCGAGAAAGACUUAUACGCCACCAGUCAGUUACUAUUGACUGAGGCGUUGCUAAAAGCCGGUCAAAGUAGUUCGCAAUCCGCCUCUCUAGAAGCUUUAUACGCCAACGCCAUUUAUAGAAAUUUUAGUACGUUUCCAACAGGUACAGGAAUUUUGCCACCUUAUAUGUUUAAUCCUCAUGUUUUUAAUCAAGAUUAUUGCAUGAAGGAGAGAUUGCAAAAAGAACUGGUAAGGGGGCUUCAAUUAACCAGUGGAGGCAGUUUAGUAGAACCAUCUAUGCCUAGUGGCACUGGAUUCAAUAACUUUUCCCAAAACAGAGAUAUGAAUUCUCAAUCGAUAACAGAACAAAGCGAAUACGCCAAAUUAAUAUCUUCUAAGAUGGUUAAUAAAAGUUUGACGCAUCGCGACAAACAGGAUAAUUUAGCUUCUUCAAAUUCUGUAAAAAUGGUAAUUAAAAACGGAGUGUUAAUGCCUAAACAGAAGCAAAGACGAUAUAGAACUGAAAGACCAUUUACCUGUGAGCAUUGCUCAGCGAGAUUUACUUUAAGAAGUAACAUGGAAAGACAUAUUAAGCAACAACAUCCUCAACAUUGGAGUCAGAGACCUAGAGGAGGGCACUCGACCAGAGGAAGGCCUCCUAGCCAUCCUACUUUGUUGCAAAAUCUUGGACAAACUUCUCAGGUUACCCAAUCGUUUAAUAUUUUGCCAAAAAUCAAUGAACAAUCAAUGAGUUCAGAAUUCGCAAAGCAUUCUAUCUCAGAUCAAGUAAAAUAUGCAAUUUUGGCACAGCAAUUAAAAACGAACAAAGUAGAAGAAAAUGAUUCUGAGGAAGAACUAAUUAUAGAUGAAGAUCCUCAAGAGAAAGAGGAUGAUAAAUCUCAAGAUCAAAAGGAAAAAAGUUUAUUAAGAGAUCAAUUAGAAAUUACAGAUUCUAUCUCGAUGAAAGAGGAAGAUAAAAAAUCUAUGGAGGAUUCGAAGGAAACAAAUGAGAUUGAAAAAAACGAAAAGAUCACUAAUGAAAAAAAAAAAGAAUCAAAGAUGGAGAAAUCUGAGACAAAAAAAUCAAUAGAUAAAGGCCUUAAUACAGUAUUAAAAGUUGAAAUAAAAAGUGAAAAAAUAGAAGAUGGAGUAACUGAUUUGGCUAGCGUAUCAGAAUUAUUGGACAACGCUUCUCAACAAUAUCAGCAAUUUCAGCCGCAAUAUUUAAGCGAUGAGGAAGGUUUAGCAGCGUCUAAUAGCGAUUGCAAUAAUUCCGGUAGCGAUGAAAAAUCUGAUUCGAUAAAUUCUUCAAACUCGAUAAAUAAUCUAUCAAAGAAAAAAAAGAAGAAGAAGAAGAAGAAGAAGAAAAAAUCCGCGUAUUCUAUGGCCCCCAAUCGAGUAAUUUGUCCAUAUUGUGAAAGACCAUUUCCUUGGACUUCUUCUCUCAGAAGGCAUAUAUUAACCCAUACGGGUCAAAAACCAUACCAAUGUGUUCACUGUUCCUUGCUUUUCACUACUAAAUCAAAUUGUGAUCGCCAUCUAUUAAGGAAGCAUAAAGCUAAUCCCAAUAAAAUACGUCGAAUCAGAAAUUCUUCUUCUCCCGAUUCCCAAACAAUGAUUAACAAUAAUAAUUCAUUCUCAAUGAGAAAUGUUCCAGAAAGACCAUAUAAGUGCAAUCAAUGCCCCAGUUCAACUUUUUCUACUCUAGGAAAUUUAAAGAAGCAUCGUUCCACUAAACAUGCACGAAAGAUAAAACCGAGAUCAGAUACUCCAUCCAGUGAACCUCAAAAUAGUCCUCAGGAGUGUCGAAAACAAAAUAACGAACAAACUGAUUAUGAUAGUCAAUCUUCGAGUAUAUCUGAAGGCACAGAGACUUCAUCAAUACCGAGAAUUCCUAAAUCCACAUCGAAUAUUUCACCAUCGGCUAAUGAUAUUCCCAGAUCGAGAAAAGCAUCUCCAAGAUCAUCACCGGGACCGGGUGAUGUACCGUUUAAAUGUCAUUUAUGUGAUUGCGGUUUUGCGGAACGACAGGAUUGCUUAGAACACAUUAAAAUAAAUCACAAGCGAUCCUAUGAAAUGUUAAUGGCCAAAGGAGCAUUAGAUAUGGAAAUAGGCGAUACAAUGGAAGAUCACCAACAAUUACCAUUACAUCAAACUAGUGAUGGUGAAGAGAAAAAAGGACGUUUUCCAGAUUAUAGUAAUAGGAAGGUAGUUUGUGCCUUUUGCAUAAGACGAUUCUGGUCCGCAGAAGAUCUUCGUCGUCAUAUGAGAACUCAUACUGGAGAACGGCCUUUUUCUUGCGAUAUUUGUUGUAGAAGAUUUACUUUGAAACAUAGUAUGCUGCGACAUAGGAAGAAACAUGAAUCUAUCGAUUCGACAAUGUAUAUUGGAACCAGUGGCGAUGAAGAGAAUUCUCCAACACAACCACCAACAAUCACACCUCGAAGUCAGCAACAACAGCCAAUUCUACUGGCAACCAAUAACGGAAAUUCCCUAAUUCAAGAUAGAAUCUCUUUACCUACUGUCGCUUCAGUCGCUACUGGUGAUGCUGCACCAAGUGGACUGAUGAGAUUUAAUCCCUACGAGAAAUUAACUACUCUCACGGGAAAGUUGGAAUAAGAGAUAAAAAUUUCAUGGACCGAGUACUGCAAGGAACUGCUGAUGAUGCCGCUAAAUUAUUAGGAGUGAGCCAACGUGGUUAAAUUUUACUUUGGGACAUCAAGAAUUUUUUUUAUUUUUUUAUUAUUAUUAUUUUUUUUUAAAUAUCUUUUCAUAAUAAUGGCAAUACAAAAAUACAAGUUUUAAUUUUAGGGAUUCAUUGGUUCGAAAUAUAUAAAACUAAUCUGUAAUUUACAGAUUAGAUUACGUACAUAACCUAUGAUUCACAGAUUAGUUUUAUAUUAUAUUGAUUUUAGAAUCUAAAACAAUUAACGUUAUACGUAUAUAACUUUCGAAACAAUAGACUCCUUCAAAAUUUAUAUUUUUGUGUUUUAUUCGCCGAAUAUCAUUAAUAUUAUAAAUAAAAAAAAAAUUAAAAAUUUUUGGUGCCCCAUAUUUACUUUUACAUAAUGCUAGCUAUCAUAGAAUUGUUAUAUUUCUUUUUUUUCCAUUGGUUAAGUGCCUUUUUUUUCUUAUAUUUCUACGAAACACAGAUAUUUAUGUAUCUCUUUAUAUUAACGUAUGUACAUAUAUGACACGUGUGAAUCACACGUUUCUAGUAAGUCUUAAAAGCCAGCGUUAUACGCUUCAAAAACAUAAAACUUUGAUAUAUAUAUAAGGACGAAAAUUAACAAUACGUCCAUCAUAAAAUAUAAAAUAGUCGUUUGAAUAAUAAUUUUUUUUUUUAAUUGAUCAAGUCGUAAAAACCCAAAGAUAUAUUUAACACAAUGAAUUAAAUUAGUUAUAUGAUACGUGUAUUUAUUGUCACGUAAAUACUUAGAAGUACUGAGAUUUAUCACAUUGUAACGAGGAAAAUUUUUUUGCCAAUGUAAUUUCUGAAAAAGAAAUAUUUCGAAACAUAAAUCGAAGCAAUUGAAAAAAUUGAUAAAGAAUGUUCGAUUUAUUUCGAUUUCCUUGUAUCGAUUUAUCAUUCACCCGAAGAUGAUGAGAGUCGAUCGAUAAAAUCCUAAAUACAUUUCUGUUAAAUGUCAUGCAAAUCGAAACACAUGAUCGAUAAUAAAAUAAUAUAGGAAAAAAAUUGAUUAUUAUUAUAUAAAUAUAUAUGAUAAUCGAUUUCUAUUUCUUCGGGCAAAAGAUUACUGUAUAUAGAUAGCUUAAUUAAAGUUUUUAGCAGGUUUAUGUUUCGCGUAUAUACAUAACCUACGUUAAACUCUUUAAAAAUGAUAUCUAAUAAAAAAAUUGCAACUAUACCAAAUAGUCGGUUUCGAUUCAAUUUACCAUAACGCGGCAAUCGGAUCCUUGGAUGGAUGCCAAAAAUGCGAGUCGAACCAAUCGAUAAAAUGCAAUAAUCGCCACACUUUUAUCCCUUUCUUUUCUACAUUCUUUCCACAUUCUUUCCUACAGUUUCCUACAGUUUUUUGUUCUCACAUUUGGUCGUUCACCAUAUAAUCCUCUUUUACAUCACAAAUACACAAUUCAUGUAUAUACACAGGUAUAUACUUUCUUCUCUAACCUUCUUUCUUCCUUUUUUCUUUCUAUUUCUAAAUCUUUCUGAGUCUCUCUUUUUAAAACUCAUUAUAUUUAUUUUUUUUUUAGCAAAAACGGCUGCGUACAAAUCGACGUGUGCUCGCCAAAAGAAGAGUUUAAAAAAUUUGGGGUGUUUUCCGUUUUGUUUUAAGUUCCUUCAAUAAUAUCUAGAUUCUUUUUUGAUUAUAAGUUAUAUAAGUAUUGUGCAAGUUAGUUCAAAUAAAUUAUAUGCGUAUACAAAGAACUUUUAACUAUUGAUAUAUAAGAAUUUGUGAUGUAUCGAACUCCGACAAUGAACCCAUUUUUCACCUAAAGCGGCGUAAUUUCCUUAUGUAAUUUUAAGGUUAAGAAUUAAUUUUCUUAUUAAAAUGUAAACUUUUAUCAGAAAUUAGUCAAAAAAAAAAUAUUAUAUUAAAAACCAUAUGUGUGUAAAUACAGUAUGUAACUUAAUAACUGUACUGGAAACUUAAGUUAUUGAUAAAAAUAUGUGAAAAUUUGUAUAUUUUUCUUGUUCAAUUUCAAUGACGACGAUAUAUUUAUCAGAGUAAAGUAAAAAAUGUUUUUUUUUAUUAAGAUAAUAUUAGAUUAAUGGAAGACACCCUAAUAAUUUCGUUCUGAAUUGGCGUUUCCAUAAAAAAAUAGAUUUAAAAAAAUUAUAUAGAUAUUUAAAAAUCCAAAAAGAAUUAUUUUUUAAAUAAUAAAUUUUAUUUCAUAAAAUUGCUGAUGGAAAGUCGUCAACUUUAUAAAAAAAGAUUUUUUGUUUUUUUAAUAUUGUAUUUUGAAUAUUGAGUAUUCAGUUUCAAAUGAUUCAAUGUAAAAUUUAAUUUCUUUGAAAAGUGUAUAACCAAUAAAAAAAAGAUUAAUAAAAACACCAAAUAAAUCAUUUAAUCAUUAAAAUAUAGAUUGAAGAGAAAGAAAUAGGGAACGCUAUUUCAGAUUUAACAUAUUUUCUCGUCGAUAUGUAUUGCAAUUAUGAAUUUUACGUAAAAAAAAGAUAUAUAUAUAUAUAUAUAAAAUAAAUAAACAAAAAAGAUUUAUUUAUUAAAAAAAUAAAAUAAAUCUUUAAAGUGAUAUCUUUAAAGUGAACUACAUCUUUAAAGUGAACUUUUUUUUUGAAUUGUUAAUAUAAUAAUUAUUGUAGCGUAUGUGUACAUGAUUAUGUUGUAUUAUGAAUAAGAAUAUACUAUAUUAAAAUAGAAAAA